GCAGACGCCGCUCCCACUCCUCACUUCCGCUUCCUCGGAGCGCGCGUCUCUGUGCUUCCCGGACUUUCCGACCGCAGCGGCAGCUGGUGAAGAUGUUAGGCCCUUUUAAGAAGAACGCCGUCAUCGGCCUCAACCUCUACUGUGGAGGGGCUAGCGCUCCUUCAUCCGGCUCGCCCCUGCUGGUUCCUGGCAAAGGAACGACCGUGGAGAGUUCGGCGCCGCGGCGCGACGGCGGGGAAGUGGAAGCGGGGACGACGACGACGUCUGCGGCGGCGGCGGCGGCCGGGGAGUUAAUUAGCGGAAGCGGUGGCGCGAGUCUCCCGGACCUGGUGCCGGGCGUCCGGGGGCCCCCGCGGACCGCGCUCAUUGGCGCGGAGGUUCCCGACGUCACCGCCACCACACCGGGACCGUUGUUCUUCUCGCGGAGCUGCCGCUUCUCCUUGCCCGCCGCCGGGGCCGCGGACGCCGUCACGUCCCCCGAGGACGAGCUGGACGGCUACGAGCCCGAGCCCCCCGGGAAGCGGCCCGCCCGCCGGUCGCUGCUGGCCCUGCCCUUGGCCCGAGAGGGCGGGGACACCUCGAGCAGCGCCCACGGCUCGCUGCCCUCGACGCCGCCCUCCGUCGAGGAGGAGGAAGACGAGCUGUACGAGCAGUCCCUGGAGCUGAUCACCUGGUACCUGCGCGAGCAGGCGGCCGGCACCAAGGACGCCAAGCCCCUGCGUAGCGGGAAGGCUCUGGAGACCCUGCGGCGCGUGGCGGACGGCGUCCAGCGCAACCACGAGACGGCUUUCCAAGGCAUGCUUCGGAAGCUGGACAUCAAGAAUGAAGAGGAUAUUAAAGCUGUGUCUCGAGUGGUAACUUGUGUGUUCAGUGAUGGAGUAACGAAUUGGGGCCGGAUUGUGACUCUCAUUUCUUUUGGUGCCUUUGUGGCAAAGCACUUAAAGAGCAUAAACCAGGAAAGUUGCAUAGACCCACUAGCAGAAAGCCUAACAGAUGUACUGGUCAAGACAAAAAGGGACUGGCUGAUCAAGCAAAAGGGCUGGGAGGGGUUUGUGGAAUUCUUUCAUGUAGAGGACCUAGAAGGUGGCAUCAGAAAUGUGCUGCUCGCCUUUGCCGGUGUUGCUGGAGUAGGAGCUGGUUUGGCAUAUCUAAUAAGAUAGCCUUGAUGUGGCCCUGUAGACUCAUGUGACCUCAGAUGGUCCCUGAAGCCCCCUCUCAAGUUGUGAACCUUCUUGUCUCCCAGUAUUCAGUUGGAUAGAGACAAUGGACUUGGUGCCUAUGUCUGUAGGGAUGGGAAAGUCUUGGGCUAGUGCCCUUUUGCUAAAACUGUGUUUUGAUUGAUUUUUUUUUCUUUCAAAGUCCCUUUGCUGUUUGGGCUUUUCAGAGAAGGGGGAGAAGGUCUUGCUGUGUGGUUUCUUCUACAGGUGGCCUUUUGGGUGGGGGAGGGUGUGUCUCCAAAGUCCUUUAGAUGGAGAAUGGCUGAAUCACUUUGUCACCUUUCUGGAUUGUUUUUCACUGGGGGCACUGAAACCUUUUAAAGCGGUGAGUUGGGUUUGUAUAGAAGUGUUAAACCUCACCGAGCUGCAUAACAGUUACUGGCACAUUUAAAAAUAACUUGGUUGUGGAGUUGGCUUAAUCUGAAAAAUUGCCACAUUGUUGCCAUUGAAUUAGACCUUUAGCCUGUGGACUUUGUGUAGCUAAAAUCAGCAUAAAUCAAGUUUGACUAAGAAUGUAAGGGAAGAAUGGCCUGCCUGCUCAUCUCUAAGCCAUGAGGCCUAAUGCUGGAGCUGUUUGCCUCCUAGUUGUGUUUCUCGUUCUUAAUCAUAAUCCCACUUAUUUAUGUCAUGCAUAUCAGAGGAACUAAAAGCACUUUAUAUAGUUUUUACAGCUUCAAAAUCGUUAUAAAAGGGGCAGGUUUGGAAAUUCUACUUCCCCAUUUUACAGCUGGGGAAAUUAAGGCACAAAAAGGGUGACUCACCCAAUAAACCAAUAGUGGAGCUCGUCAUAAAGAUCUUGAUUCCCAGAUCAUUAUGAAGGGAUUCUAUUGGUAGAGUAAAACCUCACAUCAGAGAAUUGUCUGGUGUGGGGGGUGGGAAGAGUUAGGGUUUGGGGGGAGAGGGGGGGGGUGCUCCUGAGGAAGUGUAGGGAGAAGAAAAGAACCUCAUUGCAUUGCAUUGCAUUGCAUUAAAGGACUGGCCACUCUUACAUAAUUGAGGCCAGUCCUGAGACGAAAAGGGAAGGGGGUGGUUGUGUAAAGGAUGUUCGGAGGAACCCUAUGUAUCGUUUUCUUCUGCUUCACUCAGGGAAAGCUGUUGAAAUCCCUGGUCUAGGCUUCCCUGCAAAUCCUGUAUCUGGGGAGUGUACACCUGCCUGAUGUUCCUCUUGAAGAGGUGAGCCAGGGAGGGUUAGGACCAACGGCAAAAUACAUGGGUUAUAAAAUCUAGUUUGUUUUCUUAACUUCCUGUUUUUUCUGAGAAAAGAGUAAUAAAUCUUUUAUUUAAAUUCAA